GGCUUCUGUUGUUUCUGAGCAUGCCGUCUCUGCGUGUCCUGCAGGUGUGUCCCCGUGGAGAGCGGACUAACCUCCAGAAUGUGUGUGAGCGCUGCACCGAGGCCCCCGAGCUCUACGACUGGCUCUACCUUGGCUUCAUGGCCAUGUUGCCUCUAGUGCUGCACUGGUUCUUCAUCGAGUGGUACUCUGGGAAGAAGAGUUCCAGCGCGCUGCUGCAGCACAUCACAGCCAUGUUGGAGUGCAGCGUGUCGGCCGUGGUCACUCUGCUGGUGACGGAGCCGGUGGGGCAGGUUCGCAUCCACUCCUGCAGGGUCCAGAUGCUGUCCGACUGGUACACCAUGCUGUACAACCCCAGCCCCGACUACGUCAACACCCUGCACUGCACCCAGGAGGCCGUGUACCCGCUGUGAGUGAUCAC